AUUUGACUGUCACCGUGCCUUUACGAAAGCUUCCAAUGUGCAGUUGUUUUGCUCGCCCACCCUUUGUUUACUUGUCGCGUUGCCAUCAACAAAAUCGCCAAAAACACGCGAAUUUCAAUUUCGCGACGGGUUAUCCUUGUCAGGAUCGUUGGCGCAGCCGAACCUUCGUUCAAAUGAGUCCGUAGCCGGCAGGUGAGCGGUGUCGGGACGCUUUGUGAUCUGCUCGGACGGCGGGACAGCUAGGCAAAGAUGAAAAUGGCAGACUCGCCGCUCGCACAUUUGGAGCAUUCGCCGCACUCGCGGAAACGGGUCACCUACUUCUACAGCCCAGACGUGGGCAACUUCCACUACGGACCUGGACACCCGAUGAAGCCGCACCGCAUGUCAGUCACCAACAGCCUGGUGCUCAACUAUGGUCUGCACAAGAAGAUGCAGAUGUACCGACCCUACAAGGCGUCCGUGCACGACAUGUGCCGCUUCCACUCGGAGGAUUACAUUGACUUUUUGCAGAAAGCCACUCCGAGUAUGAUGCAGAACACGAGCACCAAGUACAUGAACAAUUACAACGUCGGGGACGAUUGUCCAAUAUUCGACGGCCUCUUCGAAUUCUGCUCGUUGUACACCGGCGCUUCUCUGGAUGGUGCCACGCGACUCAACAAUGGCACUUCGGACAUUUGCAUCAACUGGUCCGGAGGGUUGCACCACGCCAAGAAGUUUGAGGCAUCUGGAUUUUGUUACGUCAACGACAUUGUCAUUGCCAUCCUUGAGCUGCUCAAGUUCUACUCCAGGGUGUUGUAUAUUGACAUUGAUGUGCACCACGGCGACGGGGUGCAAGAGGCCUUUUACCUCACAGACAGGGUCAUGACCGUGUCCUUCCAUAAGUACGGAAACGGGUUCUUCCCAGCCACUGGCGAUAUGUACGAGAUUGGAUAUGAAAAUGGACGAUAUUACUCAGUUAAUGUUCCUCUAAGAGAGGGAAUCGAUGACGCCAGCUAUUUGCCCGUCUUCAAACCAGUAAUCCAGUCGGUGAUGGAGUACUACCAACCCACAGCAAUUGUUCUCCAGUGUGGAGCUGAUUCUCUGGCCAACGACCGCCUUGGUUGCUUUUCGUUGACCACCAAAGGUCACGGCGAGUGUGUCCGUUUUGUUCGGGACCUGAAUGUGCCCCUACUUACCCUUGGUGGUGGUGGUUACACCCUGAGGAAUGUGGCCCGCGCCUGGACCUAUGAAACUUCUCUGUUGUGCAAUGAGCCUGUCAGUGAUGACAUUCCUUACAGCGAGUACUUUGAGUACUUUGGUCCCGAUUUCACUUUGCACCCGGAGAUGGCUUCGAGAAUCGACAAUGCCAACCCCAAAGGCUAUCUUGAGCUGAUCACCAAGCAUGUCAUUGACAACUUGAAGAUGCUCCAAGGUGCGCCCUCAGUGCAAAUGCAAGACGUCCCACCGUCAUUUUUAGAUCCUGAGAGGGAUGACUUGGCAAUGGACUCCGUUGACCCUGACUCAAAGAUGGAUGACGACAAGAUCGUUGAUGCGCAAAAUGAAUAUUAUGAUGGUGACAGAGAUAACGACAAAGACGAGGAGGACUCGCCAUCCGGAGCAAAUCUGACCAUUGCAGAAACAUCACCCUCAUCAACCCCCACCCCCGCGCCCACCCCUCCGUCCUCGCAGUCGCAGCCAAUCAACCCUGCGACCACCUCCUCUGUAACCACCAGCACAAGCCAGCCGCCGGUCAGCACAUAGCAGGUUGCUGCAAGGCCAAGCUGUUUGCAGCCGGUGGUCCUUUUGCACCGGACAUCCGAUGCUCAGUGAAGGAAAAACGCUCAGGUGCGCAGGAGGUGGAAAGUUGCUCAGUUUUCAUCAGUUGAUCACUACUCAGUAUUAAGCUGGAGAGAAUUAAUUAACAAUUGCACUAUUUUUAUGUGAAAUUUGUGUAUAGUACGCAGGACGCGUUUACGUCGUAGUUGGAUUCUUUGAAGUCUUCUUUUUUCAGCUGACAGUUUACAUCCCAAUUUUUGUUGGCCGUAUUGUUGUCGCUCACUCGCUCUCUUUCAGUGCAAUAUUUUGACUGACCAGACAUGUAGAGUUGACUAUAUUUUAUUCAAUUUGUACAUUUCAACUUGCAUUUUAAGGAGAAACUCUUACGGUGUAGUUACGUUUCGCUUUUAAUUGUACAUGCAUUCAUUAGGUGUUAAGUGUAAUUUAAGCAUUUGUGAUAUAAUUCUAACACAUUAAACAAAACAUUUUCACAAAAGUUAUUUUACUUGAAUAAAUACAUAUCUAUACAAAUAGUGAAUUUGAAUUCC